AUGGAGAUAGAAAAAUUCAAGUUGGAUCUACAAAAUGCUCCAUGGUCUACUUGUGAAAUGUUCGAAGAUGUCGAAGACAAGUGUUCAGUAUGGACAGAUAUAUUCAAAGAUAUAUGUGAAGAACAUGCGCCAAAAAGAAAAUUUAAGCUUCGGCGACAAACAUUGCCAUGGAUGAGCGGUGCAUUAAGACAGAAAAUGAACAGGAGAUACAAGGCUUUGCAGAAAGCAAAGAAAGAAAGAAACAACGAAGGACUGUGGAAAGAAUACCGGAAGUUGAGGAAUGAGGUGACAGCAGAAUUAAGGAGAGCUAAAUCAACCUACUUUGCGGAGCUUGCAAAUUGUCAAAAAAUAAACACACGGAAGUAUUGGAAAAUUCUAAAUCAAGCCAGUGGGAAGGAAUCAAACAUGAAGACCAUUCGUGCGAUUAAGUCAGGUACUGGCGCAUUGGUCACAAAUGAUAGAGAGAUAGCAAAUAUAUUGAAUAAGCAUUUCGCAACUACAGGAGAAAAUUUUGUUAGCAGGUCUCUUAAACAGCCACUACGUGCCAACAGUAGAGCUCAUUGA